CAUAAGAUCGCGCUGUUAGCCGCUUCAUUUUCUUAGAGUGGCGAAGUUAAUUAUAGACGCACUCCUGCAGUUCGGUUGGAAUUUCAAAAAUGGCGAAACCUAUUCUUGCUUAUUGGGAUCUUCGAGGUCGAGUGGAACCUAUAAGAUAUCUUCUUCACUACAAGAAGGUAGAUUUCGAAGACAAAAAAUAUCCGUUAGGUGGUCCUGGAUUCCAAACCUGGCAAAAAGAGAAAUUCAGCCUCGGAUUGGAUUUUCCAAACUUGCCUUAUUACAUAGAAGGUGACAUCAAACUCACCCAGACCAUAGCCAUAAUGAGAUAUUUAGGCCACAAACACGGUCUAGAUGGAAAAACGGAUGAAGAAAAACGCCGAAUUCUUGUAGCAGAACAGCAAAGUAUUGAUUUUCGAGAUAAGUUCAAAUCCUUCGUUAUGGGCAAUGAAUAUGAAACAAUAGGAAAGGAGGAAUUUCUGAAGAGUGUCCAACCCAUGUUUCAACAGUGGGAGAAGUUUUUAGGAGGUAGGAAGUUCCUGGCAGGUGAUGACAUGACAUAUGUAGAUUUUCUGCUAUAUGAGGCCAUGGACUUCUACAGACUGUUUCACAACAUCAUUCUGGAUGAUUAUCCAUUGUUGAAAUCCUACUUCAACAGGAUUAAGAACUUGCCGGAAAUGCAAGCUUAUAUGAAAUCCCCUUCUUGCAAGCCGUGGCCGAUUUUUGGUCCUUACGCUAAGUUUGGUGGCUUUGAUAAUCCACCAGAUCAUCUCUGAUCGAUGUUCAAAUCCCAAAAAUUAUGUGGCCCAUGGAUAUUUUUGAAUAAAGUUAUACGAGUGGCCAUUGAAGCAUUGGAUGUGUUAUAGAUUUUUUGCUUUUGAAAUUAUUGAUCAGCAUGUUCCCGUAUUAUCGUUAUCGAUUUAUAAAGUGAGUCGAGAAAUACUUACUUGAUAUCUAUAUCCAUAAUCAUUGAUUGCUGGUAAACAAUCUGUGCUUUGUCCGAUAUGUAGGAUCUCCAAGAUUUAUUUUUUUGUUGCUGGAUAUUUUAGAAGUGUCCAAAAGAUAUGGUGAUCUUCUCGCUAUCAUUGCCAGUCUUCUGUGAACGUUGGGAGAGCGUUCAGGAGCUAUAAAGUUUACAUCCAAUUAUAGUCAAUUAGAUCCAUUGAUUUAUCUCUUCGAUUAUUUUAUGGAGGUUAGUUAAAGUUCGUGCAUACUUAUGUGCUACCUUUGGCAGCAAAUCUGGAUGAUUUCAAAUUUCGAAUGAAAUUACACGGAAUGUGAAUAUAGAUAGAAUGUUUACUGUGCGUUUUCCGGAAGAUACACUGAAUCCUUUUAAAUUAUCAUGCCAAAAUCAGAGCAUAUUUUGAGAACUGUCCAACUGACUUCAAUUUGCUGGUAAUUUUUUUUUUAGUUGGAAUAGUUUUAUAAUGCUGUACGUCACUUAAAUCAAUAUACAGAAUUCCAUGAAGAUUGUUAUUUUUUAAAUGAACAUUUAAUCAAUCAAUAUGACAUUACAAUCAAGAGGCAAGUAUGAUGUCAUUAGUCAUCUAAAGAUAUUAAGUAAUAUUUUACAAUGCAGUAUCAAGUACAUGAAGAGUGGCAUUCAGGCAUUUUAAAGUCCUUUGCAAUAUACAUUAUGUGGCCCCUCUUUUAAUAAUUUGACAAUUUAUUUGCACAUUUCAACACAUUUUUAACUUUUUCAGAAUGCUAAUAAUUUAUUCUAAUUCAUUUUUUUUAUUUUGGGAGCUUGUAAAAAUAUAUAUGUUAAUAUUUAUUUUUUAAAAAUAAAUAAAAUUAUAAAAU